UGAAUUGAAUGGACAGACAAUCACAAGAGUUUGUGCCAUAAGUGAUGGGGAAAGUGAAGACCUGUUCCUUCAAUGGGUGUCCAUCCAGUAAUGAUAACAAGAGUAUAUCAUUCUUCAGAUACCCUAACAAAUCACGCCAGAGAUGCGAGCAAUGGGUCCGCGCCUCCAAUAAUGCACUCAUUUAUGACAACUUCUACACCAAAGGACACAAGAUAUCAGACAACGAGACGGUCUGUGAACUCCAUUUCCACAGCCAAGACAUCACUGUCUACUCGUCCCGAAAGUUGUUGUCCGCCAACGCUGUCCCGCAUUCAGGGCUGGUGUCGGGCGCCGACCCCUCACUCAUCACUACUUACCCCACGAAGACUUUCCCCAAUCAUAGGCCCAAUAGUUUUGUUCAGAAAACUAUUAGAAAAUAUAACAAAUCUCUUACGAAACCCAAGACUUAUAAUAAGAAAGCGAUCGCAACACAAAUGUCUCAUAAGAAUAGUUCCAAACAUGGCUUAGAAAUCAUUGAAAUUAAUACUAAGUAUAAGACAAACGACGGGUUAAGUGUGAAAAGGCGUAAGAAAAGCCAUAAUAAUGCCAUUGAAAUCAUUGAAUUGGAAGAAGGCAGUAGUGGUCAGUCGUACGGCAUCGGUAGUCGUGCCACAAAUGUUAAUAAUAAAGGCUUUCUUAUGGCACACGAGUUGUUUGGUUUGAAGAGAUAUACAAACAAUUAGUCGAUGGAAGCAAUGAAUUAAAGUCGUGAC